GCAUGAUUCUCAUCAACUCCGCAGCCAAAACUCAUCUCUCUCUCUCUCUCUCUCUCUCAACGCAUAGAUCAGAGAAGAUAGAAAAUGCAGUACCAGAGGACGAGAGAAGCAUGGAGCUCAUACAAGGUGAUGAACAACAACAACACGGCGUUACCGGAGACAGUGAGUCGAAUGGUGUCGGAGAGAGCAGUAGUGAUAUUCAGCGUGAGCACAUGCUGCAUGUGCCAUGCCCUGAAGCGCCUCUUCCGAGGGAUGGGAGUCAGCCCUGCUGUCCAUGAGCUCGACCUCCUCCCUUUCGGUCCCGACCUCCACUCUUCUCUCCUCCGCCUCCUCUCCGCCGCCGGCCUCCCCUCUCCGGCCACUCUCCCUGUCGUCUUCGUCGGCGGCAAACUCCUUGGAGCUAUGGAUGCUGUCAUGGCUUCUCACAUCAACGGCUCUCUUGUCCCGCUCCUCAAACAAGCUGGCGCUCUCUGGCUCUGAUCUUCAUUUUUUUUUCCUCCUAUUUCUGGGAAACGGCAUGUUUAGGAGAAGAGAGUCAAAAUGACAGGUUUUAGGUUAUAGUGGGGAAUUAGGGAUGGGAGGGGGAGGGAGUGCGUUUUGCGUUUGUUUUAAGCUACGCUCUGUAGUAACUCUCCAUUUUGGGUCUAAUCACACUAAUUAUUGACUAAUCAAUCUUUCCAAGUCUCUAAUCGAGUGUUCUAUAUUCCGUUUCCUUCCCUCUCUCUUCCAGUGCUUCGCAGUCGCCAUGUACAGUUCAGA